AGCAGUCUGCUGCAGCAUCCUUGCUGGCUGUAGCUAAUUCCUUCAUGGAUGUUUGGGGACAAAUUUAUUCCUGAACAGCUCUAGUGUUGCAGUAAGCUGAACUCGAGUUGCUUAAAGAAGAAGCCUGUUAUCUUACAGCGGCCAGAGUAGGAUUCUGUAGUCUCUUCGUAGAAUUCUGUAGUUUCUCUCCUGCAAAGGCUGACUUGGAAACCUGUCUCGGGCUGUUGCUAACCAUGGCGUCUGGAGAUGACAGUCCUAUCUUUGAAGAUGAUGAAAGCCCUCUCUGUAGCCUGGAAAAAAUGACAGAUCUCGUAGCUGUUUGGGACGUAGCAUUAAGUGACGGAGUGCACAAGAUCGAAUUUGAGCAUGGGACCACCUCAGGCAAACGAGUUGUGUACGUGGAUGGGAAGGAAGAGAUAAGAAGAGAGUGGAUGUUCAAAUUGGUGGGCAAAGAAACGUUCUGUGUCGGAGCUGCAAAGACCAAAGCCACCAUAAAUAUAGACGCCAUAAGUGGCUUCGCCUAUGAGUACACACUGGAGAUCGACGGGAAGAGCCUCAAGAAGUACAUGGAGAACAGAUCUAAGACCACCAACACCUGGGUAUUGCACUUGGACGGCGAGGAACUGAGAGUUGUUCUGGAAAAAGACACUAUGGAUGUAUGGUGCAAUGGUCAGAGGAUGGAGACAGCGGGCGAGUUUGUAGAUGACGGGACUGAAACACACUUCAGCGUGGGGAACCAUGACUGUUACAUAAAGGCCGUCAGCAGUGGGAAGAGGAGAGAAGGGAUCAUCCACACGCUCAUUGUGGAUAACAGGGAAAUCCCAGAGCUCACUCAGUGACGCCGUCUUAGUGAGUUCUGAGCUGAAGAGGUGACCUCAGGACCCGCCCAUGGCUGCGGUAAUUAAAUGUGCUCACGGUGUACAUAUUGGUAGAUUUAGUCUGCAAUGUUGUUAUUUUUAUCUUUUGUUACUUGAAACUGUAAUAUUCUAAUGGUCAAGAAAAAAGAAACAUAGACUCAUAAAAAUUUAUUUUUUAACUAAUGUAAAAAUGUUUCUAAUUCAAAUGGAAAAUAAAAUGUGGACCAAAACCACUAACAUUGCACAACAGUAACCUUGACUAUAGUAAACACUGUAAAAUAAAAUGGUGCUGCUGGUCGUGCCCACA